GGUAGCGUUGUUGACCUCCCGGGAGUCUGUGCCGCCGGCCUGAGCCCAGAGUUUUGCGGCCUCCGCGAUGGUAAAUCUAGCGUCUCCGUCUACACCCCGGCGCUCGAAGGACGCCUACCGGCAAGGACCUUCGCUACCCGGCUCCUGGGGCCCCCCAAGGCACGGACGGUCCAGGGGCCGCGGCGGAGACUGGUGGCUCCAGGAUUUUCUUGGAGGGGCGAGAGGGAGACCUUGGAAAGGGGGAGGAAGAUGUCUAGAUGAGUGGAAGCUGUCUUGGGAAUUGAUUUCGCGGGGGUGGCAGAGGUGGAAGAAACCUUAAAGAGGAUCCAGAGCCAUAAAGGGGUUAUUGGAACUAUGGUUGUAAAUGCAGAAGGUAUUCCCAUCCGAACAACCUUGGACAACUCAACAACUGUUCAAUAUGCAGGCCUUCUUCAUCACCUGACAAUGAAAGCCAAAAGCACAGUUCGUGACAUUGAUCCUCAGAACGACCUGACUUUUCUUAGGAUCAGAUCAAAGAAACAUGAAAUCAUGGUGGCUCCAGAUAAGGAAUAUCUUCUGAUCGUCAUUCAGAAUCCAUGUGAAUAGACCUGCGAUGGCCAAGGCUGUCUAAGCGACACUGGGUUAGAAACACUUGGCUCUCUCGUGAUUAUUAAAAUUCUAUUUCAAUCUAACUGA